AUGCAUUUUUAAAGUUGGAGAAAAAUUUUAUAAAAAAAGUUGAAAAUAGAUUAAUUUUUAAAAGUAAUUUAUAUAGGAAUUUCAAUAAAAUAUUCCUUAGUAUCGAAAGAAUUUGUAAAAGAGGAUUUUUAACAUCACUUUAAAUUACUCAUUUAAAAAUAAAACUAAUAUUUAUAGUAUAUAGAUAAGAAAUUUUAAAAAAGAAUAUCGCAACUAUUUUAUGAUGACAAUAAUAAAUAAAGUAAUUCAUAUUGUAUUAUAAAUUAUAUUAGAAAAACAUAAAAUUUGUUUUAAUACAAAAAAAAAGAGUCCCUUAUUUACUCUUAGUAGAAACAAUAAAGUAAUAAUUUAGAUUAUUAGAGACAGUUCAAAAGAAAUAAAUUUAUAUUAGGAAAUUUCAGCAUAAUUAUAAAUAAAUAUAGAUGUAGUUGAUCGAUUAAUAAAUUAAAGUUUAUAUAAAGUUGAAGAAUUGCAUAAUAUGA